AAGUUGCCAUUUGGCUCGCCUUUUUCGCGGGGGAACGUCCCAGCGCCGCCCCACUCGCACCGCGCGCGAGCAGUCGCGCACAGGUAGGGGCCGCGCACCAGCGUCAUGCCACGAUGGCUGUCCGCCUUCGCCAGCGCCAUGGGCGAGGCCUCCGCGACACUGACGUGCUCAAGAUAGACGGAGGCGAUUUGGCGAGAUGUUGCGGUGGCAUGUUUGACGUGUCCGAGGCAACCACCGACGUGGAUGCCGCGAUCAAGGCGGUGAGGAAAGCAGACAAUCAGGUCGCCGUUCGCGUGCGCCAGGAGCACGUCCAGCAGACGUACAACGAGGCCGCCGUGGAGGCGGAGCAGCACCUGAAAAAUGCCAAGAAGGCAUUGGAAGGCGAGGAGUGAGGAUGCAGUCCAUCUCGCGUGCUUUCUUCCCUCCGCCUUCCUGUCCGGAAUUAGAAUAGUGGCUCGGACCCUCCCUGCCGCCUGCUGCCUGUGCGGCCCGUGGCCCCUCGCUCCUGCUGCCCCCGCGACCUGGCGCCGGCCGCUGGGGCCGCGCGGCCGCCGUGCGGGCACCGGCGCGGCCGCUCGCGGGAAAAGCGAGCUGCACCGCCC